AUGCCUCCCCUCGGUUUGCUUUACACUUUCAAUUUUAUGCCCAAUCCGCGGGCAAUGAAGAUCAUGGCCGUCGCAAAUAUGAACAACCUGGAAUUGGACGUUACGCCUGAUUUUGUCCUCAGACGCGACAACAAGACACCAGAGUUCCUCGCAGACUACCCGAUGGGAAAGGUCCCUGCCUUCCGAACGGCAGAUGGACUGAAGAUUUUCGAGUCUGAUGCUAUAGCCCAGUAUGUUGCUGAGUCGGGGCCUUUUUACGAACAACUCCUCGGCCACAACAUCGCAGAGCGCACGAUCAUCCGACAAUGGAUUUGCAUGGCGAAUAAUGAGAUCAUGGAGCCUAUAUUGCCACUGGUUUUGUGGCGAGUUGGGCGAAGGAUCUUCGAUCAGAAGAUCGAGACGAUCAACCUCGAGAAGCUCGAACGGGGUCUCAAUUGUCUCGAAGGACACAUAAAAGAACGUGUGUGGGUGGCAACAGAUGCCAAGCUAAGCCUGGCGGAUAUCAGCAUGGCUUCAGCACUAUACUGGGGAUUCAAGUUUGUUAUUGAUAAAGAAAUGCGCCAUGCAUAUCCCGGAAUCAUGGCGUGGUACAAGAGGACUCUCGAGAGCGAUGGAGUCAAGGAGGCUUUUGGAGAGAUGGACCUCAUAGACAAGCGCAUCGUUCAAGAGGAGGAACACUAG